AUGAAACCUCAGCAAAAUAAUUCGGGCGAACCCUCCAAGUCUGUGAUUACCGUUAUGUUCUUGAAUAAUACUGAAUCCGGGAAAGAUACUAAGCGAAACGCGAAUUGCUCGGAUGCUGCUAGUAAUUUGAGUAAGGAUGCUUCGAGGAGAAGCAGAGAUAUAGUAAAUAAUUACAGCAGCUUAGAAUGUGUGCAAUGCGAUUCGAGGGAUAUGCCUAGAAGUGAUAAAUGUUAUAGUGGUGAUAUAGAUGCCACAGUAAAUUGCCUGGACGGGGAAGAAUGCCAUACCGAAGUCCACCCACAAUACAUUAAGAGGGGCUGUAUGGCCCGAAGCAGGUUAAACAGGACAUUUGUAUGCAAAUGUCCGCUGUGCAAUGACAAACCAUUUGAUGACGCCGCUUCCUACGAAUACAAGACCGUAAGAGAUUGGGAAUAUGACAAUCGUCGUCUCCAAACUGCAGUUAUUGGGCUGGACUUGCUGUGUAAGGUUUGCGACACUAAAGGUAUAAAUCGUGGUGUGGAUAAACAGUGUAGGGAAGGAAAAGAUAUACCUUCAACCUUAUGUGAAGAAGAUGAAGACAUAUGCUAUUCUCAACACACACCAUUUGGUCUAGUAGAUCGUGGGUGUUAUAACAUUAACCGGAAUAUCACUACGUACUUCUGUGCUUGCAACCUCUGUAACUACAUCGCAAUUUCGGAAAUGCCACACAUAUUUUCAAGAAAACAGGACUGGGUAGAAAACGUCAUAGAAAUUACUAGAAAUAGACGACUCCGACAAUCUAUAUACAAGGAUAUGUCGUGUCUACGUUGCGAAGUAAAUAUAACGACGAAAAGUGGGGAUAUUCUUGAUAACACAAAUUGUUUGGAAGGAAAUAUCGGGGGGCUGCCUCUUCAGUUAUGUGCUGAAAAUGAGAUUUGUGCUGUAAAAGCGAUACGAAGUGAGGGAUAUCUGUGGCGUGGAUGUGUGUCUCGGCCACUUUACAACUAUUGGUGGACACUCUGCGAGACGGAUCUCUGCAACGUGGAUGCCCUUGUAUCUAUGUUCGAUAAACACUGA